AUGGACAAUUCUUCUAGCGAUUCGUCGAGCUCUUCUGGCAUUUCCUCGGGCGCAUCGUCAACGGAGAAUUCUACCUGUUUUUCACCCGGCGAGUCGACGACAAUCUCUUCAGCAAUCUUCACUGCCCGCGCUGUUUCUGAGUCGGCAGAGGAGGCGGUCAAACGGGAGCGGCGGCGUCGGAGGUACGAGGAGUUGCGUCGGGAGUAUUUUGAGCUGCGCCAAGAGAACAAGGAGUUGCGUCAGGAGGGACAUGGGCUGCGUCGGAUGCUGAAGGAGAAGAAAAAGGGGGCCAAACGACUUCAUGCUUCGUUAGGGAUCGCAUUAGAAGGGCUCAUAAAUUCUGCGCUAGAUAAGCUUAACAAUGUUCUUCGUCGCCGGAGUCGCAGAGGAUGA